AACUAAAUUCGUUAUCUGCCGAGGAAUUAAUCCGACUCAUUAUGAAGAAUCUACAAGUCACCAUGAACAAGGAUGAGCAUUUGAACGGCAAUGACCCAAUCAUGUUAUACCCCAUAUUCAAAUCCCUUUCCAAAGCUCAAAUAACAAAGAUUAUCCACAUAUGUAAAAACAAACUAGACAUUGCUUCGGUGGCAUAUCAUGAAUUGGGUAAUUUCUUGAUCAAUGGGUGGGGGUUAGACCAUAGGGAUGAAUUGGUGGGAAUUGCAUGUUUAAGUAAAGCUGGAAGUAUGGGGAAUAUUGAUUCUAUGACUCAAUUGGGAGAUAUCUGGUGUAAUAAGACAAAAUAUCAUAAGAAAGAUCUAUGUAAGGCUGCUGCUUGGUUAAGAUUAAGUGAGAUUUUUGGAAUCACGACAAUUGGUAACAGUUGGAUAUAUAAAGAGAAGUAUAUGAGCUCAAGCUAGCAUGGUAUUUGACUUUUAUUUAGAUAUUUAACUAGUCUUGCUCAGAAACUUGAUAAUGAUAAUGACGUCAGAGUGCAGCAUUAGAUGCUCCCCCUCAGUAUAUAUUAAUUUGUAAAUCUGUAUACUAUUAAGAUAAUCCACAUUGUAACUUAUAAUUGAUAGAAUUGCUUGAAUUAUACUUGUUGUAAAUAUCAAUGAAUUCAUUCAUAAUAUUAAACAAAAAUGCCGUGAAUUCAUUCAUAUUAGUAUAUACCCCAAAAGGCAAAUAAUACACUUGAUUGGUUGGUUUAAUAUUAUUAUCAAAAUUCUUUAAAUUAUAAUCCCGCUGUGGAAUUUCCAAACUUAGGGAUUUAUUAAACCAGGUUGAUGGGAAUCUUAAGGGUAUGCUUGUAUUUAUAAAACUUGGGCGUGAAUUCAUAAAAUGUUCUAGAAUAAGGGUGUUAUUUGAUAAUGCUAGUUGUUGCAAUUCAAUGAUUUUUGUGUUUAGUCUAUCGUCAUUUUUCUUGAUGUAGGAAUCAAUUACAUUGGUUAAUAUUGAGUUUAUUCGUUUGAGUAUAAUUGCUCUGGCUUGGAAUAGUAUGCAGACGAGGAUUUUUAGAAACUCAAAUAUAAUCUUCUCCUUGACUAAUUUGGAAUA